GCCGCGGGGGCGCGAGAGGGGGCCGCGGCGGUUGCAGCCCGCAGCGAGCGUUUCGGAUGCUGCUGCUCCGUGCUGCUCGGUGGGGGAAAAACAAGAAAAGAAGCAAAAAGAAGAAAGAAAAAAAGCCCCUUUCAGCUCCUCCCUGCCUGCUGAGAUGUUUAUAGGAGCUGGGUGUCUGCAGUCACGUUAUCCAGAAGUCUGUGCCGGGAGUGGUACCACGUGGGAUGGUGCGGCAACGAGGAGAGCCCGGAGCGUCCCGGGGAGCAGCUACAGGGCAGCAUUCAGCAGCGCAACCAGCCCACACUCCCCGGAGCCCAUUGCUGCGGGGGAUGAAGUGCUCCUGUGUCCUAGAGAUGCUUUUUCUAUGAUAGCCAAACACUGCUUGCUCUGAAGGUCUCGAUGCUGACCCAAAGCAUCACUCCCAAGCUGAGGCAGGGUGCGUGGAGGUGGCCUUGUCCCCUCUACAUUCACAGAAUCAUAGAAUCCUUUUGGUUGGAAAAGACCUUCAAGAUCAUCAACCACUCACUUCACACUGCCAAGCUCACCACUAACCCAUGGCUCUCAGUACUUCAUCUGUGAGACUUUUGAAUACCUUCAGGGAUGAGGACUCCCCCACUUCCCUGGGCUGCCUGUGACUGUGCUUAAUAACCCUCUUGGUAAAAAAGGACCGCCUGGGUCACAGCCCUCGCCACACGCACAGCCUCCACCCCACAAUCCUAACAGCAUGAUGGGACCCCACAGUCAGCCGUUCAUGUCGCCGCGCUACGCUGGAGGUCCCCGGCCCCCCAUCAGGAUGGGCAACCAGCCCCCGGGUGCCGUUCCCGGUACACAGCCGUUGCUGCCCAACUCGAUGGAUCCCACGCGACAGCAAGGGCACCCUAACAUGGGCGGCCCCAUGCAAAGGAUGAAUCCCCCGCGAGGGAUGGGCCCCAUGGGUCCCGGUCCGCAGAACUACGGCAGCGGCAUGAGACCUCCACCCAACUCCCUAGGCCCUGGCAUGCCUGGAAUUAACAUGGGGCCGGGAGCGGGCAGACCCUGGCCGAACCCCAGCAGUGCUAACUCAAUCCCAUACUCUUCUUCAUCGCCUGGUACAUACGUGGGUCCUCCCGGCGGCGGCGGUCCCCCGGGGACACCCAUCAUGCCCAGUCCCGCAGAUUCAACAAAUUCAAGUGACAACAUCUACACAAUGAUUAAUCCAGUACCGCCCGCAGGCAGUCGAUCGAAUUUCCCGAUGGGCCCUGGCUCGGACGGCCCGAUGGGCGGCAUGGGCGGCAUGGAGCCCCACCACAUGAACGGAUCCUUAGGGUCAGGAGACAUAGAUGGACUUCCAAAAAAUUCUCCAAACAACAUAAGUGGCAUUAGCAAUCCCCCGGGCACUCCAAGAGACGACGGGGAGCUGGGAGGCAACUUUCUCCAUUCCUUCCAAAAUGACAAUUAUUCCCCCAGCAUGACGAUGAGUGUGUGAUUUCCCUCCCCCUCCUCCUCUCCAGGAUCAAGAGAGUCAGCUGCCGUUCGGAGGAUCUCAACGACUUAUGCAAGAAGCAGAAGCAGAAGAAGCUAGGUGUAUGGGCAGGGAGACGCGUGGCGGGGGCCAAACCCCCAGGUUUAGUUUCAUGCAAUAAAAAGGCUGAACUUUUUAUUCCAUAAAACAUGAAGGACACAACUUAAAAAAAAAAAAAACAAAAGAUAUUUCAAGACAUGACAAGACCCUUCUUUGUGCAGAAGGGUUUAUAUAUGUACAUGACACUUCUUUUUGGAAACAAACGGAAGCCUCUAGCACCCAACUCUCCGAUCUCUCUUUGCUUUGUUCUUUUAAAUAAAGACAGAAACCGAACCUGUUGUAUGUUUGUGCCGUGCGACACCAGGAAGCUAGUCUAGAUAUGAAAGCUCAUGUUGUCUCUGUUGUAGUCAUUUUUUUUAAAUAAACUGGACAGUUUACAAUGGUG